UAACAAAUGUUAAUAUUGUUGCCACUCUAUUUGAUAUAUAUAUUCCGCGUUUGACGAAGUCUGUGUGAUUCGUUUUUUGAUUUGAUCAAAUUCAUGAAUCAUUGCUGAUCGAUUAAAGUAUAAAGAAAUAACAUUGUGCAUUUAAGAUUUUGUAUUUAGCAGAAUUUGAUCAAAAUGUCAACUACAUCACAGAAGCACAGGAAUUUUGUGGCAGAGCCAAUGGGGGACAAACCUGUGACUGAGCUCGCUGGUGUUGGAGAAGUCUUAGGGAAAAGAUUAGAAGCUGCAGGUUUUGAUAAAGCAUAUGUAGUACUAGGACAAUAUUUAGUGCUAAAGAAAAAUAAGGAAUUAUUUCAAGAGUGGAUGAAGGACGCAUGUUCGGCCAAUGCAAAACAGUCAACAGAUUGUUAUCAAUGUCUAACUGAUUGGUGUGAAGAAUUUUUGUAAAGUAAUUGUGACAUAAAUUUAACUGAAAAAUGUUUUUUUUUAAGAACAGAAUAUUAAUAAUAUUAAGUAUCAUUUUAUAAUAUUAACUAAAUAAGAUUUAAAUUUGAUUGAAACAUAUAUUUUUUUAAGAGCAGAAUAUUUAAUUAUGUAAUAUUAUAUACAGCGUUCAUAUAAAUAUAAAAUUUACAUUACAUCGUUAAUUUUAUAAAACUGUAAAACUGAAUAUUCUGUUUUUAAAAAAAAUAUAAAUUUCAAUCAAAUCUAUGAAUCUAUAUAUCUAUUAUAAUUAUAAACAUUAAGAAAAAUUGUUGCACUUUAAUCAGUACAAAAACUAAAAAAAAUGUGCAGUUUUAGAUAUGAGAACACUGAUAGGUCUAAAUACAAUUUUAUGUGAACAUAGAAAAAAAAUAAAAAACUAUUCUUUACUAAAA